GUGAGAGGAAAGCCUGUGUUUGUUUGAUAAACGGUUAAAAGUUUCUGUUACAUGGAAAUAAAUAAUCGGACAUUUUCUUUCAUUUACUUUGAAACGCGCGCUUUGACUAACACUUUAACAGAUUACGCGGAAUUCGUAUUCAAAGAAAUCUGGGAAUGGGGUUCUGAUAAAAAAGCGAUUCUUGCAAUAAUAUCGUAAGUUAAGGUGAUUGUAUUGGAGCACAGAACGAAUGACUUUUCUGUUACGGUUCGCGUUCUUAUUGAAUUUCAUUUAAAUGUAUUUAACACAUUUGUUUGGUUAAACAUAGUACUUAUUGUAAGUAAAUAUUAUAAUUUCAACAUCAUUAGCAGCACGAGCGACAACACCAGCACCAGGCUACAACAACGGCACAAAUUGUGUAUAUUACAUUCAUUUUUCUUACCUUUAUCAGAAAAGUUAAGGGAUCUUAGCAAUAUUGAGAACUAUUUGACAUUUCGUUUCGAGACCUGUACGCGAUCGUUAUCGGCGACAGACCUUAAACUCGUGUUUGAUUAUCUGAUCGCAAACAUUGUAAUUGUAGUGACUUAGGCAUUAUUACGAAACCCGUACACCGCAACCUAGUUACUCUAAUGUAAGGUGAUAAGUGUGUCGAGUCCACUUAAUAAGCAGGUCUGUGUCGUUGUACAAUUGAAUUCCAUUUGCGACAUAAUCAACGUUAUAAAAUAGAACGGCUAAUAACGACAAUAAAAACGAUUGCGUUACAAUUCACCGAAUAGAAGAAAGCGGAGAUUUCUGGACCUCACUUUCUGUGUACAGUAGAGCCAUAAAGAAGGUGCUAUCAACCGCGGCGCAGCGAUUUUUUAGAGUACCGGUAGUGAAAAACGAUCGCAUGACAUCCCAACACGUGAUCCGGUAUUGAUACCGAUAUUAAAAAACGGAUAGAGGCAAAACUGCCUUUAUUAUCGUAGUUGAUUUAAACACGAAAGAAAGCAAUUUUAGUGCAUUGAUGAUAAAAGUGAGAGCAAAAUUAAGAUUUAUACCUAACCUCCGACCAUCCGCUGACUUCUCCGCUGGUCCGAUGGUUAAAUGCGUCUCGAUGACCAAGGAUGACUUGCACUCGGACGCUUGUACCCUUCUUGCAUUCUUACGCCGGGACAAAGACAGCCUGAAUGACGCCGGGAAGCAGCUGGUGAAGCAGAACCGGAAGUACGCUUGUGACGUGUUCAUGCACGAAGUCGACGGUUGGACGCCCUACCACGCUUUUGUUUUGCGAGGCGCUCGCAAAAUGGUGAAAUUUUGUCUCAAGGCGGGCGUCGACGUGAAUUUGACUAUGGGAUCUCCAGACGGCGUCCCAGGCGGAUGUUCAGCGCUCCACCUGGCCGCCCACCGCGGUGACGUCAGUAUUAUAGAUGUGUUAAUCUCAAACGGUGCGGAUUUAAAUGUGAGAGACAACAGUAGUAAGACUCCGGUGCUAUACGCUUCCUUGGCUAACAAUAGUCUCGCAGUGCGGACAUUGCAGCGCGCAGGCGCGGACUUGACAGGAUGUGACCUGAACAGUAAACAAAGUCCAGAUGAUAUGACGUCAUCGCCGAUAAAGUGCCUUUUACCCUUCAUUUCACAGGUGGACGACGGUAGCAUAACGUGAUACCUCAACCAUGUGAUUAAAUCAUAUUCCCUAUCAUUCUCAUCCUCCUCAUCCUCAUCAUCAGCAACAGAAGAAGCUGUAGCAUUAUUAUUAUCAAUUCGAUGCUGCGCAGCUUUCACUAGAAAUGCUAACUAUAGACGAAAUUGAAGUGAACGUGUGACUUCAUUAAGGACACAAACAUUGUUAUAAUUUGCAAGCUAUUAAUGAUCUAAAUAAAGAGUCGUUUCUAAUUAUUUAAAGCAUUUUUCAUUUAUCCUACGUCUAUAAUUAUAUGCAUACCAAUUUAUUAAAUGAGAAAAAUGA